AUGGUAGGGCUGACGGAUUGCCCUGCCUCCUCUCUGUGGAUCCAUAUUACCGGCGUUCCAGACUUUUUGGCAAUGGGCACUCGUUUCAAGGAUGAUACUCGGAAUCCAGCAGAGAAUUUGAUCACUGGGGUCCUGUGGGUGACUGUCCUCCUGUGUUCGCGAGGCACGAGACGAAAUUUCAAUUGUUUCACAGGGUUGACAACGCUGACUGCUUGGUAA